UUAUUCUAUUAUUUAAAAUCGGCGAAAAUUUUAUGAAAAACUAUUAGCAUCAAGGGGUGUUUUAUCAAGAUGUCUUUCACUACACUUGAUACAACAAAUUUCCCUCUUUAUGCUGUAGAUGUAUUAGAUGGUAAUUAUUUUUUGAUCGCCGGUGGUGGGGGAUCAGCGAGAACUGGAGUACCAAACUGUUUGUGUAUUUAUAAACUUGGGAGAGAUAAUAAAAACGUCAAAGCUUCCAUGGUGUAUAAGUUUGAUGCUGGUCAAAGAGCAAUUAUGAAUUGUGCUGUUCACCCAACUUCAAAUGUCUUAGCUGUCGGCAUGGACAACAAAUGUCAAAUUCUUGAAGUCAUCUCAAAGGAAGAAGUUCAAAACAUCACUCAACCACAAGGAAAGAACAAAGAAAAAAUUAUUAAAAAGAAAGUACAAACUUUUGARAUCAAAGAACGACAAUCAGCUACCACUGUAGAUGACAGUAAUGUCAAAGACGAGGAUGACUUAGGGUUUCAAAAGGUGGUCAAAUUUACAGCUGAUGGAAARCAUAUAGUGACUGGAGGAUCAGAUGGUCACGUUCGAGUACUCAAGUAUCCCAGCUUAGAAUGUCUGCAUGAUGUAACAGCACAUAAGACAGAUGUUGAUGAUCUAGACAUUCAUCCAAAUUGUAGACAAUUUGUUACAGUAUCAAGAGACACAACUGCAUAUGUGUGGAGACUUGAAGAAGGCAARAAGGAAUUCCAGCUAUACUUCUCAGGAGAUAGAGAGGAAGGAUUCUUUAGAGUCAGAGCUUGUAGGUUUGGUACUGAUGAAAAAAAGAAUGUGAAUCUGUACACCAUACAUGUUCCAUCAAAGUUCAAUAGAAACAAGCCAACACCAAGUUACCUUGUAAAGUGGGACUGUCAAAAAUGGGUUCCAGCUUUAAGUCAGCCAGCUGGCUUUGAACCUGUAACRCAAAUGGCUAUUAGCCCUGAUGGUGUCUACAUUGGUGUUGGAACAUCCGAUGGGGGUAUAUCAAUUUAUCUUUCAUGGAAUUUAAUGUCAAUUGCCAAGCUUCAAGAAGUCCACAACAUAUUUGUGACUGGACUACAUUUUCUUCCACAAUCCAAGCUUAUUAACGAUGAUUUAAACAAUGAAGUUGCACUUUUGAGUAUAUCAGCAGACAAUGCAUGUAAAGUUACAACUGUGGCCAAUAAAGGUGUUUACAGUGUUUGGUGGGUACUUGGAGGAUUUAUCCUCUUGCUSUAUUUAACAUUUAUGACUCUGGCAUUUCUAGGCUUCGAUUUCUAAAUUGUAUAAUGUACUAAUAAUUAAUAAUGUUACAUAGUGAAAAUAUUGUACUUCCUAUUAUGGCCAUUUGCUAGAUUUUAGAACCUUACAAGUACGAAUAAAAUAUAAUUUAAAGUUAAAAAAGAAAAGCAGGAAACAAGCAAACAAUAACGAAGUGAUUCAGUACAAAAAAUGUCUUGUACAAUUUUAAUAUUGUAAGCAGUUGGUUUGCAAAAUUGGACAUUUGACAAAUAAGCCUGAAGAGUCAUCUGUCAUGUGGUCAAUGUGUUUUGUAUGGCCAAAAUGGUUGCACAGAGACUACACGUCAUCUACGAAAGUCUCUGACCAGGACGAUGUCUCUGAAAACCAGAUUAACUCUCCAUUUGGAUAUUGGUCAGGUAUCAGUUCUCGUCUCUAUCGUUACCCCAGAACUGACUUGCAUAGGUACUGAUUUAGUUGAUGCAAUGUACACUUAACUGACAAAAAUGCAUUGAAGACUUCUUUGAGGUAUAUAGAUAAUUAUAGUUAGCUAUUAUUAUACAUUCAUUUAACGUACUUUUUACCAAGUCAAGUUGAUAACAGUGCAUUCAUAACCUAAGUUUUCGAAUGUAUACUAAUCAAGGUCAGAAUUUUAAAUACUGAAAAUACUAUCAAGUAUAAAUAGAAGUUGUACUUAGCUCUUAGGAAAUACUAUCUAAUAAAUUAUUUCUGGGUU